UUAUUCUUUAUUUAAUUUUUAUUUGGCUCUCCCCUAAAAGUUAUGACUAGUUUUCCCUGACAACUUGUUAUAUAUCAUCAUUACUUUUCUUAUUCAGCGUAUAGAUAGAUAUAUUUAAGUCGUUGGUGAUGGAAAUAAAUCCCCAUGGCAACUUGAUAAGGUGAGAGUACAUUGAAAGUGGUUGUCAAAAUUGACUUGUGUUGUUUUCAUGUUUCUCAUCAUAUACAUAUAUUUGGCGCCCUAGAAAAUGGAGAACCAUAUUCUAGUGCAAGAGCCCCAGACAAGACUUCUCAAGGCUACUGUGCCUGUUUGCAACUCAGAUUGCUUCCCUAACCAAGAAUUUCAGGCGGAUAUGAGAAUGAGCGAAUCAGCUGAUCCACCUUUCGAGAUAGCCUACAAGCAUCUGCUGGAGAAGGCACCCAAAAAUGUGGAAAACAGUUUAUCGGCUGUUGAGGAGUGCGAGCUUCCCUUAAUCGAUAUGCAGCAGUUAGCCCUGGGUGAGGCGGAGAGACAGGAGUGCAGGAAGCUCAUUGCUCGGGCUUCCCAGGAAUGGGGUUUCUUCCAGGUCAUUAACCACGGAGCUUCUCGCGGCGGGCUGGAGAAUAUGAGAAGCGAGCAAAUGAAGCUGAUGAGAAAGCCGUUCCAAGAGAAGAAAGCCUACAAAGAUCUGAACUUAUCGGACGGAACUUAUCGAUGGGGUGCGCCUUUACCUACUUCUCUGAAGCAGCUCUCCUGGUCCGAGGCUUUUCAUGUCCGGUUGAGCGAUAUACUGGAUUCGCGCUGCUCCCACAACACCAUCCGCCUCAGGUCAAGCAUGGAGGAAUUUGUGUUUGCGAUUUGUGAAGUGGCGAAAGAGUUAGCGGAGAUAUUGGCGGAGGAAAUGGGUCGUGAGACGGAUCUUUUCCGGGAAGAGUGCCUCCCGGAGAGCUGCUACCUCCGGUUGAACAGAUACCCGCCUUGCCCAAACUACAGUCGCAUGAUGGGCUUGAUGCCGCACACCGACACUUCCUUCCUCACUGUACUACACCAAGACAACGUCGGAGGGCUGCAGCUCGUUAAAGACGGAAAAUGGAUCGCCGUCAAACCCAAUCCGGAUGCCCUCAUCAUCAACAUCGGCGAUCUAUUUCAGGCAUGGAGCAACAACUUGUACAAGAGCGUGGAGCAUCGCGUAGUUGCGAAUCCGGUGAAGGAGAGGUUCUCCACGGCUUAUUUCUUAUGUCCGCCAACGGGGACGGUUAUUGAGAGCGGCGGAGUUGGAGGAGCUGUGUACCGGACUUUUAGCUUCGGAGAAUACAAGAAGCAGAUCGAGUUGGAUGUUAAGAACGUUGGCCAAAAAGUAGGGCUUCCGAGGUUCCUCUUACCCACUCAUUAAUUACAGAUUAUGUAUAUAUAAUAUUGAUAAACAUAUAUGCGGCUGAUCAUUAAAUAGUUAAUUAGAUUAAUUAAACAAAAUAUCUAGUAUUCAAGGUUUGUUGAACCUAGCUAGAUGAGUGUUCGGCACAUUCGUUUUGGAUGUGGUGACUGGGAUAUAUCCAUUUAAAACCAAGUACAGGUACACUUAUAUAUAAUGUUGCUCCUUAUUAAUCAUUUUGUGCCCUAAUUUAAGUCCCGACACCGACAAUGUGGCCUAAAUAUUUUUCAUCAAUAUGCAUAAUAUCAUUUUGUUUUUCUGAA